CGUGUCACAUGUUCGUUCACAGCUGUGCGUCCAUACGGGAAAUAUCAAUACCAAGUAUUUCAGUUUCUCAUUCUCUGAUCGUGGGCUAUGCACGUUAAGAAAGUGGCGCCAUGCAAUGUGUACGUUAAUCAGGGAUUUCAUACUAAUCGUCUGCCUGUUUUGCUGAUGCCCACUUCGACGUCUCCAUUCUAUUAAAAAGUCCUCACUGACUGGCAGAUCAGAUGUCAUCGAUGAUGGAUUACGAAUACCAUGACUAUGAAGACGAGUAUACGCCCCUCGACGGCAGCGGUGAUCGACGAAAGGCGUUCAAGAAGAAGAAACUAUCGUCGUCGUCAAAGAAAACCCCCCGUCUCCCUCCGCCGUCGGAGACCACCUACCGGGGAAAGAACUACGGACCGAACUCGUACAAGGAGCGGGGAUGUUGCGCUUGUCUCUGUCGCUGUUUCUCUUGCUGGACCCUGGUAAUUAUUUUAGCCAUGCUAUGGACGACGUGGUUGACCCUUUGGUUGACGACCACGUACUUGCUGGGACCGUCUGCGCCCUCGUCGUCGACACCUGGAGCUGGUGGUGGUGGAGAUGGUAGUGAUGGUGGAGGACUUGGAGGGACAGAUGGAGUAGCUGAAAUGGUGAAGGUUCCCAACGAGAUAGCGAGUAAGACGGGAGCGUUCUGCCUAGAUGGAAGUCCACCAGCCUAUUACAUCCGCAGGGGUGAGCAUUCCGGUGCCGAUGCUUGGAUACUCUAUCUCCCUGAUGGUCAAUGGUGUUACAACGCCACCAACUGCUACCAGCGUAGCCUUACCCCUCUCGGAUCGUCUUCCAAUAUACCAGAGGUAAUCCCAACCCCCGGAUUGCUGUCUUCCGACCCCCAGGUUAAUCCCGAUUUCUACAACUGGAACAUAGUCCAGUUCCAUUACUGCGACGGUGCCUCUUUUUCAAGUAAUUCCCCGAACGAGUUGAGUAUUUCAGAUGACAGUGUCAUCUACCAAAGAGGAUCAGCUGUCUUGGAAUCUAUCAUCAAUACCCUCCUAAAUAAGACUUCUUUUGGUGAAGCAAAGAGGAUAAUCUUCUCUGGAACCGGAUCUGGUGGUCUCGGUGUGUUAUACCAGGCGGACCGGGUAAAGUCCCUGUUACCAUCUACGGCUACCUACCACGCCCUGGCCGACUCCGCCUUUUACACCGACAGUGUCAACAGGUCAGCAUACGUGCAUAUCAGGAUACAGUUUCAAAGACUCUUUAAUCUACACCACAUGUUAGAGAGUCUCGAUUCAGAUUGCACGCAGUCAAAGGUAUUGGCUGAACCUGGCAGUGGGUGGAAGUGCAUGUUUCCAGAAUAUGCCACCAAGUACAUCCAGACACCCCUCUUCAUAGCCAACUCCAAGUAUGAUCCCUGGUCUAUCUGGAAUAUCCUUAGCAUGAGGUGCUACCCCCUGGACUGCCCAGAACUUUCCCCGCUGAUGGAGCGCUUCGGCGCCGACGUCUCCUCUAAGAUCCAAGCAGCGGGGAUGCCUGACGCGGACGGUUUCUUCGUUACGUCAUGCUACACGGGUGAUCUGAUUGGCCAAGGCUGGGAUCAGGUGGCUCUUGAGGGGACUGACGUCAUGGUUCGGGAUGCCUUUUCUACGUGGUACCUGAGACGCACCAGUGAGGAAGGAGGGGAACAGAAGAGAUCGGGAGACCGCGAGCGUACCGUAAACAGCACCGUAUCGACGCCGGCGAACGUCGCCGAUUCUGAAGAGGGUCUUAACGUCACCGUGACGGUACCGCCGACCUUACCGAAAGAUUACAGGUUCAUUGAUUGCGCCAGUAGUAUGAUGUGUAAUUCACAGUGUAAUUGGAGUCGGGAUAUUUUCAAGUUAGUAGCAGACCGGCUUCAAGCUAUGGAUGAUUUUUACAUCCCAGUCAAUCAUUAAACAUCCUAGGCCUAUAUUACAAAAUUUAAAGAAUCUAGCAUGGUCUUCCAAUCGCCAAAUUAAAAAUAACAUAAAAUAAAUGAGCUAUGAGAAAUGGCUUUACAUGGUAUAGUUGAAUAUUUCAUUUAUUAGGUUCAUGGAACUCGUUGGUUUGAUAUACGAUACUAAAGAUCCUGCAUAGGAUAAUAUAGCUGAAAUCAGGGAAAUGGUGGUGAGCAUGCCUUCGUGUUUGGCAUAUACCACGUAAAUGAGGGAUAUAGUUGUACUUUUAAAAAUGUAUGAUAAUGGAUCAUCAAAACUUAAACCUACGAUGCAUGUGUCUGCUCGAUUUCCGUAUUUCAAAGAUAAAAUAUACAGCAAAGAUAACCACAAUAGUUUCAUAAUCUCGUGUAAUCAUGAUUUUGUAUUCGACCAAGAAAUGCAAGAAAGAUUUACGCAACUUUUAUAUAUAAAUAUAUAAUAGAUGCAUGAAGUCUUCCAGUAAAAGCAAAUGAUAAUGUCAAUUUGAUCAUACUUGAUGUUAGUUGAAAUAUAGGGAUACAUAUUAUUUGUCUCCAAUUUUAUCGAAAAGCGGCUUAAAAUAAUGAGGGAUUGAGAGUUUUGAAAAGAAUUAAUUAAGGCAUUAUGACUUCUGGUUUCAUCAGCUACACCCGUAUCCCAUAAGCUAAUGGUAAUAUGGGAACGUUUCAUAAACAUUUUGUUCGACAAGCAUUUUGAUUGGCUGAGAAGCACUGUUACCAUGGCAACUGUCGGAUAAAACGUCCGACAAAGUCCUUUCAUGAAACGUUGCCGUGAUAGGAUUUGGUGAAAUCAAAAUAGUCAAAGUAGACUCUAAAAAAUUAAAAACAAAGAAUUUUCAAAAAUGUUUUGCCAAUAUGGCAUAUCAGUAUUCAAUGUCAUGUAGAUCAAAAUAAUCUUGACCAACAAAAAUGA